AUGGCAUUCAAUCCGGCGGCAGCAGCAGCUGCAUUCAAUGCUCAGUUGCUGGCUGCCUCACAACCAUCAACACCAGUUAAAAAGGAACCACCACCUUCAGCAUUGGUUGGUAAUGUUCCAGUUGCAACCUCAAUAAACAGUAAUAAUACUGAUGAAGUUGGUGGUGGCGGUGAUACGACAAGAUUUUUGAAUGCGAGUGGACCAUUGUUAACACCCGGUGGUUUAGCAGGUUUUCCACAUCCAAUGGAACAUGAAGCUGCAUUCAGGGCAGCUAUGGUUCAGGGUGCACUACCGUUUCCGGCCAUUUAUCCCGGUUUACAUCCGGCGGUAAGUUUAACAUCAAUUACUCCUCCUUUGCAACACAAGUAA